UGUGCUUGAGAUUAUUUGUCCCACAAUGUCAUGAUCUUAAUUCCGAGAGAAAAGUGAAAGUUUUAAAUUGUAGUCCAAUCAUUGGAUGCAUAUUAUUAUUUAUUAUCUAAAUACUAUAAAACAUCGUCUACCUAUUUUGUUGUAUUUGCUAUUUAUUUUGGUUUAAACGUUCAAAUCACCAAUUUUACAAUUUGAAUUCCGUGGUACCUAUUACUAGUUAUCACAUAUCACCUUUGCAAUAUUAUACUUAAAACAUUACGAUUAACGAUAUUUUAACAAAUUGUCUGGUAUUGAGUUAAAUAAAACAUAAACAAAAGUAAAAUCCAUUACUAAUAUUUACUUACACAAUAUUAUUUACGCGUUGUUCAUAUAAUUUACCAUGUUUUUAGGAAUCUCUAGUUUCCAAAAAGGAAUUUUAUUUUUUCGAAAUAUAUCAAAAAUUAGUGCAAUGUCUCAAUAUCAUACACUAAAAAUUGAAAAUUCUAAAGAAUUUGUUUUUAGUGUCCAAAUAAAUAGACCAGAAAAAGCUAAUGCAAUGAACAAAACGAUGUGGCUGGAAAUAGGAAAAUGUUUUAAUGAAUUAAAUGAGAACACGGAUUGCCGGGUAAUUGUUCUUUCAGCUAAUGGAAAAUAUUUCACUUCAGGUAUUGAUUUAUUUGACCUAAUGAAUCUUGGCCAAGAGGUUGCAAAUCAUGAUGACAUUGCAAGAAAAUCAAAAGUUUUACGGUGUUUUAUUAAGACAUAUCAAGAUUGUCUCACCGCUAUUGAAAAAUGUGAUAAACCUGUGUUGACUGCUAUUCAUAAUGGAUGUAUUGGUGGUGGAGUUGAUCUAGUUUCAGCUACAGAUAUACGAUAUUGCACAGAUGAUGCUUGGUUUCAACUUAAAGAAACCGAAAUUGGAAUGGCAGCAGAUGUUGGUACACUGCAAAGGAUGCAAAAAAGUAUUGGAAGUAUGAGUACAUUCAAUGAAUUAGCAUUUACUGCUCGUAAAUUUCACUCUAAAGAAGCCAAAAGUAUUGGUUUUGUGACUCAAGUUUAUGACACUAAAGAAAGUAUGUUAGAAAAUGUUAUGAACAUUGCUUCGAACAUAGCCAGCAAAAGUCCUGUAGGAGUCCAAAUGACUAAAAGAAGCAUAAUUUAUUCACGAGAUCAUACCGUCCAAGAAGGAUUGGAUCAUAUUGCAGACUGGAAUCAAACAUUAUUACAAAGUGAAGAUUUCAUUAAAGCCUCAAUGGCUGUUGCUACAAAGGAUAAAAACCCAAUAUUUUCAAAACUAUAAUUAAGUAUUUUAGUAUACUACAUUUUGGACAUGAAUCAAUUGCUCUCACUUAGAAUUGUAUAUUUACAGUUUAUUUAAAAUUAACAACAACCAAUGGGUACCAUCCAAUAUUUAGAUUAGUAAUUACACUGUGGUUACAUAUUCAAAAGAAACUAAACUCUAUAUACUUAUACUAUAUACUAUAAUCUUUAUACACUAUUCCAUUUAAAUUUACCCACUCGACCAACAAAAACCAAUCGCCGCCACGCAGCCUCUCCUAUAUAGACGGUGGUGGAACAGACUAAGAGGAUCCGAAUGUUCCGGCGGCUUUGUCAGAAUAUGCAUAAAAUUGGGCAAUCUUAAAUGGAAUUAAGUAUAGUAGAUAAUAUAGUAAAUUGUAUUAUUAGAGCUAGUACAAAUAAUGAUAAUUGAGUAUAUUUAAAAAAUAAACAUUUAAUUAGAAUAUCACAGAGGGAAAUUGAUACCAUUAAUAAAAAACUGUUUAAGUAAAUAACAACAUGUUUUUAAAUGUAUAGUUUAUUUUAAGUUUAUAUUAUAUUAUUUAAUACAUUUAUGUGUGAUAAUAUAUUUAAAAGUAAUAUAUUUAUGUUAUAUAAGUAA